CACUCUUUGCUCAAGGAUCAAGACCAGCAACAGUCAUGAGUCUUUCAAUUAUUUUACUUCUCAUUAUUUCUGUUUGAAAGCUCGGAAACUUUUGUGGCUUUCUGGGUACCACUCUUCUUUUUGGGUUGCUUUCUUCUCGGGCAUCAUUUCAAGGGCUCUCUCCAGCUUACCACAAUUGUACGGCAAGUACUCUGGUUUGGACUUUGUACUUUGUAAUUCCAAAAUUUCAGUUGGGUGGGUGGUUGAUCUCUGCUUGACUUGGGUAUUGACAUCAUGAUUAUAGGAAUUGUUGGAGAAGAGUUGAAAAUUUUGUUCACAGUUCAAGCCAACAAGGUCUGAAAUCGAAGCAAGUGAGUUGAAAAUUUUGUUCACAGUUCAAGCCAACAAGGUCUGAAAUCGAAGCGAGUUGAAAAUUUUGUACACAGUUCAAGCCAACAAGAUUGAAUGGAAUCAAGUCUCAGCAAGCAAAAUGGCUGCAGGGACUGAAUACCCACCUCCUCUUUCCAAUUCAGAAGAAGGUUACGGAAAGGGGAAUGUCACCGCAUUAACAGAUGAUAAAACUGUUGAGAGCACGGAAGUAGUGAACAUGGGAAAACCUCCUCGGGACCUCCCACCAAUAUGUCGCCCUGUGAGCUCGGGUCAGUUGGCUUCUACUACUGAAUUGGAAUUGGAUACUGGGAUUGUUAGCACAAACUCACGAUCAGAUCAUAAUGCCACGUUCAGUCCUGUUUUUCGUUCCGGAAGCUGCUCGGAGAUUGGACCCAAACCAUAUAUGGAGGAUGAGCACAUCUGUAUAGAUGAUCUUCUGGAACAUCUAGGUGCAACUGCACACUUUCCUUCUCCUGGAGCUUUCUAUGGGGUGUUUGAUGGGCAUGGGGGUAUAGAUGCAGCUUUAUUUAUCAGAGAGAACAUUCUUCAAUUUAUUAUUGAGGACUCUCAUUUCCCCAUUUGUGUGAAGAAGGCCAUUAAAAGUGCUUUUCUGAAAGCUGACCAUGCCUUUGCUGAUGCUGCUUCUCUUGAUAGUUCCUCUGGCACCACCGCCCUGACUGCUCUUAUUUUUGGAAGGAUGAUGCUAAUUGCCAAUGCAGGGGACUGUCGAGCUGUGUUGGGGAAACGAGGCAAGGCAAUUGAGCUAUCCAAAGACCAUAAACCUGAUUGCUUCUCUGAGAGGUUAAGAAUCGAGAAACUUGGUGGUGUGGUAUAUGAUGGCUACCUUAAUGGUCAAUUAUCAGUGGCACGUGCCCUCGGAGAUUGGCACAUGAAAGGUCCCAAGGGCUCAUCCUGUCCCUUGAGUGGAGAGCCAGAGCUUCAGGAGAUGGUUCUGAGUGAGGAAGAUGAAUUCUUGAUACUAGGCUGUGAUGGCCUGUGGGAUGUGAUGAGCAGCCAGUGUGCUGUUACAAUUGCACGGAAGGAGUUAAUGCUUCACAAUGAUCCUGAGAGAUGCUCAAGGGAGCUGGUUAGGGAGGCACUCAAGCGCAAUACGUGCGACAACCUGACGGUUGUGAUUGUAUGUUUCUCUCCGGACCCGCCGCCACGGCUUGCAAUCCCAAAAUUGCAAUUCAAGAGGUGUAUAUCGGCAGAAGGUCUGGAUCUUCUCCAAGAGGUAUUGGGAAAUAAUGCUUAGAUUGGAUGGUCAAUAGCCUAUUGGAAUAAUGUGCUAUGAACUCCUGACUAUGGCUUGCAUUUGAUGUAUAGCUUAUGCGUAGCAUGAAAACAUUGAGUAGAAUUUACUCUGCGUAUGUGAUUUGAAUUUACUAGACGAUGAAUUUUCAUAUUGAAACUUCAUGUACCAUCUCCCCCAGAUACCAGAAAAACAUAAAGAGUUACUUCAAAUAUUGUAGAGGAUGCAGUUUCAGAAUGCUUUAAAUAAUAUCUUGUUCAUUCUCGUUGA